AUGUCAGAAAAGAAGAAUAGCAUGUCACUAUCUCGAGUGGAUAUUACCGCUGGUAAUAAGACUCAGUUUGACCGAGCUUCCGAAGAUUAUGAGGGGACUCUUUUAAUGAUUCUUCGUUCAAAAAUCCUCUUAAAGAAGAUUAUUGAACAAAAGAUGUAUCAAGAACGUAUCAAACGGGGUAAUCUUUCCGCCAAAGAAAUCUCGGACUUGUUAAAGAAUCAAAGUGAAGAAGAUGACGAAGAUUUCAUUUUGAAGAUCACUGAGUUACGUCGUUCUUUGAUGAGUGAGAUUAUGAAGAAUUCCGACUUAGAGCGAGAGAUCAAUGAAGUUGAAAUGCGAAUUACUUUGUUAGUUCAAAAUGCCGGUGCGGUGAUGACCAAAGAGAAGAAGAAAAAGAAGAAAGGCCUUGAUGAAGAUACCACAUCGACCAUUGUCUUGACUCAAGAGAAGAAGGAGUUAUAUGGAAAUUUGUUCCACUUGUUACAAACCGAACCGGUGUACUUAGCUCGACUUAUCAACUCUUUAGUCCAGUCUGAAUCUGAUAUUAAAGAAAUGUUGAAUUGUAUUAUUCUGAACCUUUUCAUGGAAGGGAAGACAACACGAGAAGACUAUUUGAUCUUGAAAGUCAUGAGAACGGCUAUGGAGCAACAAUUGAGUUUGAUGGUUCCUCUCUUCACGCAAAUUCAGAACCAGGGAGUCGUCCCACAGAUGAUGAUUGCUUAUGCGAGAAGAAAAGAAGGUGUCGAGUUCUUACAGACAACUUUUGCGCCAUGCAUGCAGAAGUUCAAUAAGGAGUUCCCAGCGUAUAGAAAGCUUGAAUUGAAUGGGAAGAAGAUUCUUGAUGAUUAUAUUAAUGAAAAGGAACAGGCGACGGGUGGAGUCUCUCCACUUCGUAAUCUCCCUGUUGAAAAAAUCUCUGAAGAGCCUGAAUUAAAGAAAAAGAUAGAAGAGAGAGUCACUUCAUUGAAAGAGGCUUGUAAUAUCUUCUAUGAUACUAUUAUAUCGAGCAUUAAUCAAUAUCCAUAUGGUCUGAGAUACUUAUGUAAAGUCAUUAAUGAAGGAUCUGUCCAAGCUAACCCAUCUACUCCAGAUUCCGAGUUACUGAAAUACACUGGGUACUUCAUGUACUAUAGAUUUGUAGGACAAUAUAUCACCGCGACAGAGACGGGACAGUCCUAUGACCAAAUUCAAAACAUUUUGAUGAUCAAUAAGAUCUUCCAACAGCUGUUCCAACAACAAGAACCGUUCCCAAAUACAGAGGCGAACUUGUGGAACUUACCAAUGAACGCUUGGAUCAAUGAAAGAUGCGGAGCAGUCAAACAAUUCCUUUUGGACUUCACUGAUGUCGACCCCCCUGAGGUCAAAUUACAGAUUGAUAAGUAUAUGACCAUGGUCCAGGAUAUGAGACCAGUCGUUGUCAUGUCGCUUGCUCAGUUAAAGAUGUUCCAUCAAGAGUUGGUUGAUCACGUUGACGAUCUUGCUGCGAGCAAAGACGAUCCUUUAAGAGAGAUUUUGGCUGAUUUGAAGGAUGUCCAAUUGUAUGAGGGGAAGGACGUUUCGUUGACUUUGACAAUUUCAAAACACGUCCGUCAGUCUUCUGAAGAUGAAGAACAAGUCUUGUAUAACAAGACCAAGUCGAUGAUCAUUUCCUUCUUCAAGUUCAUUAAAAACUCCGACACGGUCAUUAACACCAUCCAAGAUGUGUUGGGCGAGACGGAGAGACUUGCAAAAGAGAAGAACAAUGAGACUGUCUUGAAGAACUUGGAAGAUACUAAGAAGAAUUUAGAGGCUUUGGAAGCUAAAGGCCUUGUGACGAAAGAGGACGGCUACAAACAGUUCCUGAAGGACGUCGCCGUUGAAAUUUCGAAUCGGGCUGAGAUCAAAGAACAGCAACAGAAGGAAUUGACUCGACUUGAAUUGUCGAUUAAACAAGCUUUGAAGAAACAGAAGGACUCCCAAGACGUCUUAACUGCAUACAAAGACUACUGCCAACAGUGUGUCCAGAGAAUUUGCCAGGGCAAACAGAAGAAGGGGAAGAAGGGCACAGCAGGCAAAUUGUUCAAGCCAAAGGAGUAUUCAUACAACGAUCUUGUCAAGAAGGGAGUUAUUCUGAACUCAGUCAUUCCAAAGGCUAUGAGGAAGAUGACGAAGGUGAUAAUCUCAUCGGAGGAGGCUGGUGUUUUCAACGUCCAAGUCAAAUUGCCUGCUAUUGCUUCUGAAAACGUCGAUUUGAAAUUGGAGGAAUUGCUUGAAAAAAGAGAAAAGGGUGUUAGAUCGCUUGACAUCAAUUCACAAAUCGAACUGGAUGUGAGUAUGACCAUUUAUAUGAUGAACCAACUCAUAUCAAAGUAA